AUGUCUUUAUUAUUAAAAAUUUUUUCAGUUUGUUUAAAACCUAUUAAUCGAAAAUCAAGCCGACUGGUAGCAGCGUCGCUAAAUCAGUUUUACAAACAAGGUCUUUAUAUCAAUGUCAACGAUGGAUUAGGACAUUGUAGCGUUUCCUUGGAUAAUUUUCCUCCACAACUAAUUCAAACUUGUGAUCAUUGGAAACCUCAAAGACAUACUAGCUCUGCCAUCUUAAAAUUAAAAGUUCCUUCUAAGACCGUUACGGCAUCCAUAACGCGAGCCGACUUUAUUAGGGAAUAUUGUAUUCGUAUAGUUGAGAAUUCGUUUCAAGAUGAACUACUAUGGACAAACGUGACCAAUUUUUCUCGCUUUCAUCCUCAUUUGAGUCUAUGUUUCCUUGGAUUGUUAAUGGAAACAUUUUUAAUAGGUAUUGAAAACAUUGUCGCAGGAUUCAAUGGAAACAUUGCGUACCGUCGUACGGAGUACAUUGCUAAUGGAGGCCAUUUUUUGUUACAUCGUAUUUGGAUUCAAAUUGUUGUAACAAUUUAUGAUGAAAUUGAAAAAAAAAAAAAAGAUACUGAAUCAAAACAAUUGUUUCAGAAAAAAAAUGUUGUGGUAAAAAAAAAAUUUAUUUCUGCAACACAACGAAAACAACAAUUAUCUUCAAAUCCAUCUCAAGAUAUCAAACCACUUCACGAUGUGUCAAUGCUUUACUUAACAAUCAUUGAUCAUUUUCAAUGGGAUACUUAA